AUGCCACACUUUCUCAGUAACAGCCCGGAGCCACAGUCGCCCAAGGCGAAUGGCAAGUCCAUCUUUCACCAUGAUACGACACCCAUCGAGAAUGGGCAUCAUGUUCCAGAGUCCCACACUACUACGUUGAACCAAGAAAGCCCCGAUGUGUGGAUAUCACAGCGCUGUAUGGACCAAGCAAGGCCCCUCAAGGUCAUCUACAUCGGCGCUGGAAUCUCUGGAAUCACGGGCGCUAUUGAAUUCAAGAAGCGAGUACCCGAGUUGGACUUGGUAAUCUAUGAGAAAAAUGAAGAGCUUGGCGGCACAUGGUUCGAGAACAGGUACUUAGUUCCCGUUUCUUCUUCACCCAAUACCAAGAAAUAUCACGCUAAUAUGAGGGAUGAAAGAUACCCGGGUUGUGCUUGUGAUGUCCCAGCGCACGUAUACCAGCUCUCAUACGAGUCUUCGCCCAAUUGGAGCUCCUUUUUUGCAUCGGCGUCUGAAAUUCUCGAGUACUGGAAGACCAUCGCAAAGAAGUACGAUGUCAGAAAGUACAUGCGGUUUCGUCAAAAGUGCACGGCCGCUCGAUGGAGUGAGACGGCUGGCAAGUGGUUCGUGCAGCUUCAGGAUCUUGCCACCGGUGAUAGCUACGAGGAUCAAGCUGAUGUCCUUGUCACGGGUGAGGGCGUUCUCAAUGAGUGGAAGUGGCCAAGCAUCCCUGGGCUUCAUUCAUUCAAGGGAGACAUUUUGCACAGCGCAAAUUGGGAUCCCAGCAUUGACCUAAAGGAUAAAUCUGUUGCUGUGAUUGGAGCUGGGAGUAGUGGACUUCAGAUUGUGCCUUCUAUUCUUCCACAAGUCAAGCGGAUGGACCACUAUGUCCGUGGUCGAUCAUGGAUCGCGGGUCUCUUCGGCGGAGACAGCAUGGGGAGAAGAAUAGAAGAGAAUGACGGAAACUUUGAGUACACAGAAGAAGAAAAGAAAUUGUGGGAAAACGACCGCGAGGCUUAUCUCAAGUAUCGCCGGGGCAUUGAAUACGAUAUUAACAACAAGUUCAAUGUCAUCUUCAAAGAUUCGAAGUUACAGGUGGAAACUCGAUUACGCGUUGAAGAGAAUAUGAAGAAACGACUGCAAGGGAAACCGGAAAUCUACGAUAUACUUCAACCCAAGUAUUCGCCAUAUUGCAAACGCAUGUCACCCGGCCCUGGCUACUUGGAAGCUUUGGCGUCCCCCAAAGUAGACACAAUCACAUGUGGGAUCGAUCGGAUUGACGAGAAUGGUGUUAUAACCACGGACGGAGUCAGACAUAACACCGAUGUGAUCAUCUGCGCCACCGGAUUUCAGACUUCUCCAGCCAACCGCAGUUUCCCGAUUUAUGGAAAAGGUGGCGUCAACCUCAGAAAACGAUUCGAGGGUCGUCCUGAAACUUAUCUCAGCGUUUGUACUGACGGCUUCCCCAACUUCUUCCAGUCAAUGGGCCCAAACUCGAUGCCUGGCGCCGGAAGUCUGUUACUCAUUAUUGAGAAAACACAGGUCUACAUUGGCCAGAUCCUCGCUCGCAUGGCCUACGACAAUAUUGGCCGGGUGGAGCCGAAAAAGCAAGCAGUCCAGUCAUUUACGAACUACUGCGAUGAAUUCUUCAAGCGCACCGUGUUUUCGGAAGAAUGCAGCUCGUGGUACAAGACAGCCGGGCCUGGUGCAUCGCGGGAAGGGCAGAUGAAUGGCCGCGUCACAGCUUUGUGGCCGGGAAGCAGUCUUCAAUGUCUUCGAGCGUUAGCCUCAGUCAGAUGGGAGGACUUUGAAACAGAGUCCUUUGAUGGAAAUCCCUUUGGUUGGUUUGGGAAUGGAUGGACUCUGGCGGAGAAAUAUCCAACAGGUGAAUUGGAAAGUUUGACCUGGUACUUGAACGAUACUAGCAUACUUAGAUCUUCAUAG